AGCGGAAAUGUCAUUCCUUGUUCAGGCUGCCUAGCAUGAUCCUUGUGUGGUCUGGACAAGGGGGUACAUGGGUGAAACAUGGCCGCCGUAGACCCAUCGGAGUCUCCGACACAACAGAGAUCCCAUGCGGCGGAGGGGGAAACAUCUGGGGGGAAGGCCGAGCCGACGGAGUCGGGAUGUAGCGUAGCGGAUAAGGAUGAAACGGCGGAGAACCCCGGCGAUGAGCGGGCGGCCAGUGCUGGCAGCCACGGCGGCCGUGCUGCCAGCCAUUCUGGGGUGAGUGUCGGGUCCGGUGCUGGAGCCGACAAAACGACGGGCAAGUCGCAGGGGGAGCUAACCUCGGCUGUAAACAUGGCCGAGGCCCCUGGCGAUGAGCCGCGGGCUUUCGCCUGGUCCGAGACUGAAGACGACGACGACGGGGAGACGCGGAUACGACGGGGAAUCACCAAGUGUGAUCCCCCCAACGCUGAGGAGCCGGCUAAAGUGGGGCAGUGUAAUUCACACGCUGGUGACACCAGUGCUGAUGCUUCUCGUGAGGACGAAUGCUCACAAUCAAACCAGAAUGAAGCAGAGGCACCAGUGGCUAAGGAUUCGGUGGGAAGCGUGAACGGACUGGAGGUCGUGGCCAAAGCUGAAGAGGAGUCCGGCCGAGGGGGCGACGCUGGCUCCACAGCGAAACAAAAACACUGCCGUUUAGUGUGCAAGGAGUGCGGCAAGCGGUUCACCCGGCGUGAGAUGUUUAACCUCCACCGGCACUUUCACGCGCACGAGGACGAGCUCACGCCCCUCACCUGUAAACAAUGCGGCCUUACCUUUCAGCACCGCAGCAGCCUCAUUAAACACAGAAAUGAACACAAAGCGAAGGUGGAGCAACCCCUGACUCCAAACGAUGACGUGCAAAACAAGGAGCUGGGUAGUUUUACAUGUGCAGAAUGCGAGAGGACCUUCUCCACAGUGGAUAAGCUGAGGAACCACAACUGCAGCAAUACAGUAGAAAAGCCUUACCACUGCCCUCUAUGUCGCCAAGAGUUCCAGUUUAAAUUGUCUGUGACCAAGCACAUGAUGACCCAUUCACAGGAGAGCCUCUUAACCUGCCAAGUGUGCAGUCAAACCUUCCCAAGCAACAUGGCGCUUCGCUACCACCAGCGAUGCCACACCGCCCUCAAACCCUACGAAUGCCCGGAGUGUGGCAUGGUGUUCAAGCACUACUCCGUCAUGGAAGACCACCGUCGCAGGCACACAGACAGCGCACGCUCUCACCUGUGCAACAUCUGCGGUAAGACCUUCAAGUACAGCAGCCUUCUCCAUCAGCAUCAGUAUCUGCACACAGGCCAGAAGCCCUUCCGCUGCCCUGAAUGCGGCAAAACCUUUGCCUUUGCACAGAACAUGAAGGCACACUGCCGCCAGCACAGACUGCACAAUACCACUACCAGUGAGCAGCAAGCAGGUAAGCAGCCACCUGUCUCUGUACAGGAGGCUGUGAGGGGGCCCAGGAAAGAGAACACGCACCAGAAUAAGCAACCCAUGCGUACAUUCAACUGCCCGCUUUGUCCCCAGACUUUCAAUGCACCAGCUAACCUGAGAGCCCACAUGCUUAUUCACGAAGCAGAGUAUGAGAUGCUGGAAAGAACACCCAAAGCCCCAAAGGAGAAUCACAAAUAUUGGGAAAAAAGCUACACCUGUCCACACUGCCCAUGCGUUUGUCAUGAUGAAUCAAGUUUAAAUAUGCAUAUUUUAAGUGUUCAUAAACCUGUACCAAAAUAUUUAGAAAAGGUGGCGGCACCACCUAAAAAUCAGUUUAGUCCGGUUAGCAGUGAUCAUGUGCCAGGGAAAUUAAGACGUGAUGGCACAAGUGUUAAGUCGUACAAGUGUUCAGAGUGUGGAAAAACGUUCCGCCAUCGCUCAGUGUUAGAGCUGCAUAUGCGUAUACAUUCCAGGGACAAACCAUACCAGUGCAAGGUGUGUGGCAAGGGCUUUAGGUUCAGUAGCUACCUACAGCAGCAUGUCAUCAUUCACACAGGCAAGAAGCCAUACAAAUGUCCAGACUGUGGGAAAGACUUUGCUUUCAUGCAAAAUAUGAGAACCCAUCAAAAGCUGCAUCGGGAGAAACCGUUCCGCUGCACUAGCUGCCGCAAAGGCUACAGCGACCAGAGCCAGCUGCAGCAGCACAUGUUGUCGCACAAUGGCGACAAACCCCAUAAGUGCGACAUGUGUGACAAGAGCUUUGGUUUAGCCUAUCUGCUCCGUGAUCACAUGAACACGCACACAGGAGAGAGACCUCAUCGCUGUGAUGAGUGUCACAAAAGCUUUUCCUGGUUCAGCAGCCUGAUCGUGCACCAGAAAAUUCAUGCUCGCAAACGCCAGAGUAGCCAGUAUAACUCCUUAUCAAAUAGUGGUAGGGUGAGAGGCAGGGGCAGCAGGGGGAGGAGAGGGGGGAAGUUCAUGUGGGGAUGGUCCAGGCCACUAGGGGGCUCAGGGGUGGACUCUCAGCUGUCUCCAUAUCCAGGUUCUGCAGUGAGAGAGGCUGAGUUGCAAAAAAGGGCAGGUCAGCCCCAGUCUUCCAUGCUCUCGCCUCGCAUGGACUUAAGAAGUACACAGCACAAGGAGCCGUGGCUGUCUGAGCUGCAUCCUCAGCCAGUGCAGUGGAAAGUUGACGGUGGGAAGGUAAUGCCUGUCCAGUCAUUGCUACAGCAAAAUGCAGUUCCACAGUUUGAGAGCCCUUCGCAAACAGGCCUGCAGCAGCAUCAGAGAGGUCCAGGCUGGACAGAUAGCCCUUUAGUAUCUCAGUCUGAGAUUUUAGAGUCAGCCCAAAUGAAGGACGGUACAGCUUGUAUCAGCGCUCAUCUGGUGUCUGUGCCAAAAAAGUCCAGUCCAUUAGCAGUGAUGGAUAGUGAAAAGCAUAGGCAGCCCAAGCCUGUUACUUGGAGUAGCACGCCCACAUCCACAGUACUGGCUUCUACAAGCUCUCUGCAACAAGGGUUUUCUGGUCCCUCCUCUUACAUUGACGGAGCAGCUCUGUGGAGCAUCAGACCUGCUCAAUUAACAAAUUCACAAGGCUCUCCAAAUAAGCUCGGGCAAGAGAUACAGUUGCCAAGAUGGUCAGGUGUCCCGGUGUCAACACACAAGGAGCCAUCCACACCUCCUAAAAAAGAGGACAGAGCAUGGGAGUUGAACAAUCCUCAAGUAAAACUGUCAGUUGUUAGCCAGCCGGAAAAGCAGUGGGUUUCAGGCUCAGCAGGUGCAUCCACAUCAGCUCAAAUAGACCAAAGCAGUGCUAUACCAAUAUCAACUCCUGUUUCUCACGGGGGAGGGAGCACCUUGUGGGACAUACAGACACCAUCAGGAAUCCCAAAGACUAUAAACUCUUCUGAGAAAUUAGUAAAUAAUCAAGAUUUUCAACUGCAGCAAAAGCAAGUGUCAUCUGGCUGGGCCACCGUACCGAGUCAGGCUUCGACACAGAAGGUUCCCAUCUCCAUCCAAUACGAACCUCCUCGCUUUGGCCAGGGGAUGGCAACACCUGUAUGGGGCUUCCAAAGUAAUCCGGUGGGACCUCAAACGCUGCUCACUGGGCAACUUAAACCAGGGAAUGGACAGGAUCUGCAACAACAGCCAAUAGUAACGGGCACUCAAAUAAUCAUAAACCAGCCUUCUCCUUUUUUCUCACCUCCAAUUGCUCCGCUCCCUCCCCUUGCUUUGCCUGGUCCCCACCCACUUCACACUGUUGCAGUUGGUGCGCUUCCAAGACCUCCACACCCGAAUAUUUUUUUCACAUCACAGCCAGUAAUGAGUGAGAGGCCGCACAUGCCACAGACCCUGCCCCUACCUCAGCUUGCCCCACGGACAGAACCUCACAAACUUGGACCCCGUUUGCCUUUUGCGCCAGAACGGCUUCUCCAGUGCAUGAUAUGCGGGUGCUCUCUUCCUCGAGAGCUGGAUCUACAAAUGCAUUACUUGCAACACGCGCAAGGAGAGAUUUGACAUUUCUGCACAGGCCACAACCUAGAUAUGUUUUUAUAUGUAUAGCAUUUUUUAUGAAUGGAGCCUCAUUUAUUGGUCCCUCAUUUGUGCAGUAAGACUAGAUAUGUGGAUGGGCAUUAGAAACAAAAAAGGUAGACGUGAAACUGGAUUUAAUUUGCACAGCUGCUGCAUGUUUAAUUAAUUAAAUUUAUUUUAACUCCCAACAAGACUGAACAGUAUCAUUUAAAAGGUUAUAUUGGUUUGACUUUAUUAUAAUUGCAUUUAAGUUCACCAAAUACCUAGCUGGUUUAUCUGAGGGCUACAGAUUAAUGAGGUUUUGUGAUCCACAUUUCAAUUAUUGCCAAUAAUAAUCAAAUUCAGAUAAUAUUAGUCCUUUUCUAGUUCUGUUCAUAUGUCCUAAAACAACUGUGUUUCUCCAUGUACAGUAUACUGUGUGCCUUUAUGAGUACAGUCUGCAUGUCUGCUGUCUUGGUAUUAGGCCUAGUUUGUGCUUAAGGUAGACUCAACAAUGUGACCUCACUCCCAAAACACAGAGCAACUCUUUCUGUAAAGAACUGUUGGUUUUCACUUUUGGCUGGCGAGAACAGGGGAUUGUUGUGCUCACUGGUUAGUGCCAGAAUAUACAAGGAAAUCCUGACUGCAUACAAUAGUAUGCAGUAUAUGAGACAGCGGCCUCAUCAGUAGAGUUCUCGUGAUAUUUUGAUCAAAGACAAAUUUUCUUUAAACAAACUGUGAUGAAUAAAAUUAAAAAGUCAUUUCACAGAGUUGUCUGUAAAUUGAACUCUUGGUUACUGCCAACAGGGAGAAGUAGAAUCACAACACAACUAUUGCUGGCACUGUGGUCAAACAGUAAAGUUUGUAAUAAAUUCAAUUUAGAUUUUUGUGAUGUUUGUCAUUAAUUAAUGUACAAUGGCAAAACAAAACUGAUUAUUUAAGAAUAUGUUUAAAUUUUCUAAUUUGUCUAAGUAUUUAUUUUCAGUGUGUCCCUCCAGAACAGACGAAUAGCAUUUAAAUAGAUCUGGUCUCUUACAUACUUAUUCUAUACAAAAGAAUCUUACGUAUGUCUUUCUUACCAGAUUUACUAUUUCAAAUUGGAAUGUACACAACGUACAAAGCUUAAAACUAUUUUAAUGUAUCAUUUGUGAUUAAUUAAUGAUUUCAUUCCACAACCUGUAGAUUUAUCUGAGUACAGAAUAGUAUUGCUUCCAUUUUGGCUGUGGUGUCCCAAUAAUGGACCGAACAGUUUCAUUACUACUGAAAAAAAUAUAUAGACCAUAUUUAGAAAACCCCCAAAACAUUUCUGUGCAUUUUACCAUUCGACAUCCUAAUAUACGAAAAUGUGCCCUUCUACCUCUAUCCACUGGUUUAGCAUGUAAAGAAACAGCAAGAAAUAGAAAUUUCCUACAGUGUCUACAUAACAGAUUAAAUAAAACUUACCUUUCAAUAAAAUGUUGUGUUGCGCAGUA